UGUUUUUUUUUUUUCUUUUUUUUUCUAGCAAUAGGAAGCACUAGGUGGCGGUGUGAGUUAGCACUACAGAUCUGUCACCUUUGGAAACCCGAGUUGAGUUCAAAUCUUGAUGGACCUUCCCUUGAGGGUUUUGAAUUCUGCCAGCUCACAUUUUACUUGGCACUGGCUAUUAGUAUUAGUUUCUCACUUUCAAAGACUCUAAGACUGAUUAAACUCCACAAAGCAACUAAUAGAAAACAAAGCUCUGCAGGACAUUUGGCCAGAAAAAUCGCACCUAAGUAAGAUUAUAGGAAAUCUGUUACACUCUGACUUCAAAUUAAAGAGUCUACUGUGAAGUACUGUUUUGUAAAAAAUUGGCUGCACACAGAAGAUAUUAUAAAGUCUCAGUGCGGUUUUUUUUACCCUUACCUAUAAAAAGUAAGUUUUAUAUUAGCUGAAACUAAAAGCAAGUAUUGUUUUUAUGAAGAAAUUUUAUAUCACCAUAAAAUGUGAGAAAGUGGAAUUAAACAUGGGACAUAUACUUGAAGUUUUUCUUUAUUUCGGGUCAUCCAGUAAAUUUUAGUUUUGGAAGAUUUAGUGAACUCUCUAAAUGGUAAUUUGAAGACUUACAGCAAACAUUCUGGUUCUUUGUCACAAAAAUGUGUUCAUUUUUCCUUUCUCCAUUUCUUCCUAAUCAGAAUUGUCUGAGGAGAAGAGAUGCUGGUUUGUUGAAUCAGUUGCAAGAACUUGACAAGCAGAUAAGUGACCUGAGACUAGAUGUAGAAAAGACAUCUGAAGAGCACCUAGAGACAGACAGCCGGCCCAGCUCAGGGUUUUAUGAACUGAGUGAUGGGGCUUCAGGAUCUCUUUCCAAUUCCUCUAACUCAGUCUUCAGUGAGUGUUUAUCCAGUUGUCAUUCCAGCACCUGCUUUUGCAGCCCCUUGGAGGCUACCUUGACGAUCUCAGAUAGUUGCCCCAAAUCAGCAGAUGUGAAUCCCAAGUACCAGUGUGAUCUGGUGUCUAAAAACGGGAAUGAUGUCUAUCGCUAUCCCAGUCCACUCCAUGCCGUGGCCGUGCAGAGCCCAAUGUUUCUCCUUUGCCUGACAGGCAACCCCCUGAGGGACGAGGAGAGGCUGGGUAACCAUGCCAGUGACAUUUGCGUCGAAUCCGAGCUGGACGCCAUCAAGACAGACACCCCCUUACCGUCUCCAGGCAGUUUGUGGUCCGCUCCCCAUCCUUCAUCCAGUAAGAAAAUGGAUGGCUACAUUCUGAGCCUGGUCCAGAAAAAGACACACCCUGUAAGGACCAACAAACCAAGAACCAGCGUCAACGCCGACCCCACCAAGGGGCUGCUGCGGAACGCGAGCGUGUGCGUCCGCGUGGCCGGGGGCGUCGCCCAGGGCGCUAGCGGGAACCUCAAGAAUUCUAAGCAGGCGCCCUUGCCCCCCGGCGGAAUCCCCUCUUUGGACAGUGGGACAUUCUCGCCCCUGAAACAGUGGUCCAAAGAAUCAAAGGCAGAACAACUGGAAGGCAAGAGGUUGCCGCUGCCAGAGGGCUGCUCGCCCGGCGCUGCCCCUGAACUUCAGAGUAAGCACCCGCCCAAAAAUGCCAAGCCAGCCUCGCAGGAACAUGCCCGGGGCCCCGCCACUGUCCCGGGGGAGGCCCCUAAAGAAGGCAGCCAGGUCCCAGCUGCGUCUCCGAAAGAGAGCCCCGGGAGAGGCCUCGCCCCGCUGCCAGAGAACAAAGUUGUCCAGCCACUGAAAAAGAUGUCGCACAAAAACUGCCUGCAGCGGCGCGGCCGGCGGGAGGCGGGCCUGUACCCCGCCGUGGCCCUGCCCUACGCCAGCCCCUACGCCUACGCGGCCAGCGACUCCGAGUACUCGGCCGAGUGCGAGUCCCUCUUCCACUCCACCGUGGUGGACACCAGCGAGGACGAGCAGAGCAACUACACCACCAACUGCUUCGGCGACAGCGAGUCGAGCGUGAGCGAGGGCGAGUUCGCGGGCGAGAGCACCAGCUCCAGCGACUCGGAGGAGAGCGGGGGCCUCAUCUGGUCCCAGUUCGUGCAGACGCUCCCCAUUCAGACCGUCGCGGCCCCGGACCUUCACAGCAACCCCACCAAAACCUUUGUCAAAAUUAAGGCUUCGCAUAACCUCAAGAAGAAAAUCCUCCGCUUUCGGUCUGGCUCUCUGAAGCUGAUGACGACCGUCUGAGUAGGUUGUGGGUGUAGAAAGUGGUGUGUUUUUUUUCUAGUGACCGAGGGAGAGGUGGUGUCUUAGUUUUUGUGUGUAAUAAUUUCGUGGAAUGUUUUCCUUUCGUUGAGAUGAAACCGAAGUAAAUUAAUGUCUCUUCUUCAUUAUAUGUGGACGCUAGUGCCUUUAAAGGAAGGUAAAGAAUGUUUUGCUGGUUAGAAGUAAAUAUUGAGGUUUUCAUGGUGGUGAUAGUGAAUACAUUUUGUGGUAUCAGCUGAUGGUUUUAAAUUUCCUGAGCAUCUGUGAAGGCACAGGUUUUGAUGUUCAGGUUUCGUGGGAAUGAGACCUUUUUGAUCCGAAGAUCAGGUAGGUGGAAUUAUAGGACCUACAUUUGUUUCUGGGUUCUUGAGGGUAGUGCCUCCAGGAGGGCUUUCCUGUUGUGUGAAGUAGGUAUGAGGGACGGUGGUAGUUUUCUGUGAUUUUUUUUUUUUAAUGUAGUCUACAUUUCUCAGACAUACCCCCAUUCUGUCUUUUGAGAACUGUUUGGUGUACUGGACUCGGAACUUGAAGACCAGGCCCUAAGUCCAGAGAGCUGGUGACCUGGAUGGGGAGGCUGGUAAUACCUUGAAGGGAUUCACUAAACUUUUGCCACACUUGGUGCCUCGUCCCUGGUUACGGUAACCGUUUCUAGGGCCGUUUACCCAGCAUUUUGAUGCCUUUUCCCUCCUCCCUAAUUUGCAGCAGAUCCAACCAUUCCUCCCUUGGAGGACUUGCCUUUGGGAUAAAAUUUUGGUCCGUGGGUACAGAGAAAUUCACUCCUAAUAACCUUGGGCGUGACUCCAAGCCCACAAUUGCUCACUGAGCGCUGUGCCACCUAAGCCUUGGCCCAAACAUGUUAGUGCAAUCCAGUCCAGAUUGGACCACUGACCCUGUCUGGAAGGGCUUUUUUUUUUAAAAAAAGAAAAUGGUUUUUUGGUAAACAGUAUUGUGUAAAAUUGCUUUUUUUAUACCAAUAUAAGCAUGUUUUGUGCAUGAGUAGUAUUUUGAUAUUCCUGUUGAUGUUAAAUUACUGUAUGAUAUAAACAGUAUGUGUUUUUAUAUAUCGUGUAAAUUUAAUAUAACAUUAUAUGCUGUAAUAAACGAUUUGUUUUACUGCU